UAUACAGCGGGCGAGGAAUGCCCCGACAACAUCUUCUUCCCCAGCACACGGCCCCCGCACCUGGAGGAGCUGCACAACCAGGCUCAGCAGGGACUGAAGUCCCUGCAGCACCAGG